AUGGGAAAACAAGCAACAUGUCUCUUUCUUAAACACGACUAAAAGCCUAACAUAAGUAAAUGUGAAACAUUUUAAAUGCAAAUCCGCAAUUAAUAAGGUACUUUAUUGAAGUUAAAAAAGAAGCCACGUGUGAAGUUAAAGCACCAAUAGGAAGAUAGAAAUCUGGCGAAUGGAUAGCAGUUACUCUGUGAUUUCCAAAACUUCUUACGUUGAGUUACAGAAACCGACGAAUAAUGGAAAACCCAGAACCAAGUUGCUUCCUUCUGAUGAAGAAAGCUUCGUCAACGAUUUUGACGAUACCCGUAAUGGCGUUGGCGGUGAAGAUGGUGAUGAUCUCGAUUUCGAUGUCGCUGAUUACUCACUCGUUCAUGGCAAAUCAUCGAGUCAAGGAUCUGGGAUCUACGGUGCGGUUUUCAAUCUCACCACUUCCAUUAUCGGCGCCGGGAUCAUGGCAUUGCCCGCCACCAUGAAAGUUCUCGGCUUGGUUCUAGGGUUUCUUUUGAUUAUCCUCAUGGCUAUUUUGUCUGAGAUUAGUGUUGAGCUUUUGAUUAGAUUUUCAGUUCUUUACAAGUCCAAAUCUUACGGCGAGGUUGUUCAAUUCGCUUUGGGGAAAACCGCUAGGGUUUUGUCUGAGAUUUGUAUCAUUGUCAACAAUGGUGGCGUUCUCGUUGUUUACUUGAUUAUAAUGGGCGAUGUUAUGUCUGGUUCUCUUCAUCACAUUGGGGUUUUGGAUCAAUGGUUAGGGAAUGGAUUCUGGGAUCAUCGCAAAGUUUUGAUUUUGAUUGUUAUGGUCAUCUUCUUGGCUCCUCUCUGUGCUUUGAACAAGAUUGAUUCCUUGAGCGUUACAUCUGCUGCUUCGGUUGCUCUUGCUGUUGUGUUUGUGGUUGUCUGUUUUGUUGUCGCCACGAUCAAGCUUAUCGAAGGAACUAUCGACCCUCCAAGGAUGAGUCCUGAUUUUGGUUCCAAACAAGCGAUCUUGGAUCUUCUUGUGGUCAUUCCGAUUAUGUCAAAUGCAUACGUUUGUCACUUCAAUGUUCAGCCGAUAUACAACGAGCUAGAAGGUCGAUCACCGCAUAAGAUGAACCGAGUUGGGAGAAUCACAACAGCGAUUUGUGUUGUUGUCUACGCUUCAACUGCUAUAUCGGGGUAUCUCCUCUUCGGCAAGGACACCGAAUCAGAUAUCUUGACCAACUUUGAUCAAGAUCUUGGUAUCCGUUUCAGCUCUGCUGUGAAUUACAUUGUCAGAAUCGGCUACAUUCUUCAUCUAGUUCUCGUCUUCCCCGUGAUCCAUUUCUCCUUGAGAGAAACCGUCAAUACCUUACUGUUUGAAGGCUCGCCUCCUCUAUCCGAAAGCAAAAAGAGAUCUUUGGGACUCACAGUGGUCUUGCUGGCUCUUAUUUACAUUGGCUCGACGAUGAUCCCAAACAUAUGGACUGCUUUCAAAUUCACAGGCGCAACAUCAGCGGUUUCGCUUGGUUUUACGUUCCCUGCUCUUAUCGCAUUACGGUUAGGGAAACAGAGCAAUUCGUUAAGCUUCGUGGAAAGAUCAGUGUCAUGGCUGAUGCUAAUCUUGGCCGUAGUGGUUAGCAUUGUUGGAACCAUUGGCAACAUUUACAGUCUCGAGAGCAAAUCAGAUUGAUACUUUAUAGCAGUGUUUUUCAGGAUCUUGUAGAUUUAUACAAUCAGAGAUUCUCAGUCCAAUACCGAACCGGAAAUCAUGCACCUUAAGAAUCUCAAUCAAUGGCGUUUGUUCAG